AAAAAAAAGUCAUAUUCGACCAUCUCCACCAUAAAGUUUUAGACAUUAACAGUCAGUCGGUCCAAUCUCAUCAUCAUCAAUCAGAAGAAGAAGAAGAAGAAUAAGAAGAAGAAGAGGACAAGGCCGUUCUAGUUACGACGGCUUCAUGGCAGCAGCCAGCGCAGGCACCUCUCUGGAAUACACACCGACAUGGGCUCUUGCCACUGUUUGCUUCUUCUUCAUCUCCGUCUCCAUCUUGCUUGAACACUUGAUAUUCCUUCUUGUUUCAUGGCUCAAAAGGCAUAAGAAAACCGCUUUAACUGAUGCUGUUGAGAAGCUCAAAGCAGAGUUGAUGCUUCUGGGAUUUGUUUCACUUUUAUUGGCGGUGACCCAAGAUAGGAUAGCGAAAAUAUGCAUACCUGAAAAGGUAGGAAACAUAAUGCUUCCAUGUCGGAAAUACGUGAAUGAGACUACCGAAGUUGAGACUGUUGAGCACUAUGUCAACAAAUUUGCCGGAAACCUUAAUUCUUCCAGUGCACAUGUCAUGUUUGAAGAAAUGCUCCGGCGAACGCAGAGAAUACUUGCCGAGGAGGAGGCAGAAGCUGUUGAGGAUUAUUGCGGUGAUGGAAAAGUUUCGUUAGUGACGAAAAACGCGCUUCAUCAGCUUCACUUGCUGAUCUUUGCGCUUGCGGUUAUGCAUAUUGUGUAUAGCGUUCUAACCAUGGCUUUGGGCAGGGCUAAGAUGAGGCGCUGGGAAGCUUGGGAGGAAGAAACUCGAACAAUGGAGUACCAAGUUGCCAAUGAUCCCAAUCGAUUCAGACUUACAAGACAAACAACAUUUGGAAAACGGCACAUGAAUUCGUGUACAGAGACUUCAUUUCAUCUCUGGCUGAAAUGCUUUUUCAGGCAAUUCUAUAAUUCAGUAGCAAAAGUUGACUACUUCACCAUGAGACACGGUUUUAUAUCGGCUCACCUAUCAAACAGGCACAACAACUUUGAUUUCCAAAAGUACAUACAACGAUCCUUGGAAGAAGAUUUCAAGACAUUGGUUGGGAUCAGCCCUGCAAUGUGGUUUGCAGUAGCCAUUUUUAUGCUGGUGGAUGUCUACGGUUGGCACGUAUAUCUAUGGCUAUCAUAUGUUCCACUCUUGGUCGUUCUGGUCCUGGGAACCAAACUUGAAUACAUUGUUGCAAAGAUGGCGCUUCAAAUUAAAGAGCAGAACAAUGUAAUCAUUGGAACACCUCUUGUUCGAGUAAACGAUGAUCUUUUCUGGUUUAAGAAACCAAGAUUUGUCUUGAUACUUCUACAUUACACUUUGUUCCUGAAUGCGUUUGAGCUUGCCUUCUUCGUUUGGGUUACCGCCCAAUUUGGAUUUAAAUCGUGCUACCACGAGCACACUGUGAUCAUUGUUACAAGAAUUUUCUUAGCAGUGACAACCCAAGUUCUCUGCAGCUACAUUACUCUUCCACUCUAUGCACUUGUGACACAGAUGGGAUCACAAUUCAAGGGUAAGAUACUAGAAGAUAACAUGGCUGGCAUUCUAAAGCAAUGGCACGGUGAUGUGAGGAGGAAAAGGAGGAAGGAAGAACGAGAAUCACAAUCGGCACGCACGUCAUUUUCCGUGGAAUGGAGCUCCAUGAGGAACAGCAUUUCUUCUUACAUGAGACCAAGCCCUUCCAGACAAGGUGAAAAUGCCGAUUUUUCUAACAGAUGGGACAACAAGGAACAGAUAGUAGAAUUAGAAGAAAGUUCCUCAUCAAGGGGUCAGAUAAGAAGUAGUGAUUUUAGGACAUGAGCAGUAGUGGUAUCACAAAGCUCUGAGUUUAUGGGAGGGUUAAUGGCUGAAGGUCAGUUUCUCUGCGGACUCUGUGAUGGCCACUUUGCACCCAAUUACAGGGCAAAUACAUCAUAGUAUAGAUGUGAUGGCUGCCUGCUUCUAUUGCCCCGGUUGUUUAUAAAUUGAGGAUCAUUACUUGCAUUGUUGUGUAUACAAAAAUAGGCUCAGGACUUCAAAAGUUCAAAUCCAAGCGUACUUCAUGACCAAAUUCAUAAUCAUAAUUCAUUCAUGGAAUGCGUUAUGUUUCUGGGUGUUAAUCUAUUGUCUAUGGUUAAAAUUAUUGGAAAAUGACCAAUACAUCAAAAUUAUAUAGUGAUACCAUUGUGACCUGCAACUUUAGCUAGGAGAAAACUUGCGAGAAGAACAUGAUGCUAAAAGUGUCUGGGCUAGCUGUAGCCAAAAGUGGUUUUUGAACCCUUUUUUUUCAGAAGUGACAAUUUUUCUUACGCUAACUCCACCAACUACAUGUCUAGGUUUAUAGCAUGGUAGUUUAGAUUCUUAGCUAUUCAACCUAGUUCCCUAGCUAUAUACUCUCUUGUAUCUUUCUAUUUCUAAUUAAU